AUGCACGAACCAAUCGUGGGCGACGCAUUUCCUCGUCUCCGAUGUCGUGGGCGGCCCACGAAUAGGGGCUUCCGGUGGUGGCUUGUGCACAAUACCAAGGUUCGGCAGCCACCAAAGCCACGGCCAUUGUCCCCACCAUUGUUCGUCGACGACGACGAGCGACAGAGGCUGCCGACGAGGAUGUCUUCGUCGACGGCGGGGCGGUUCCAUUCCAUUCCCUUCCAUGGCCGCUUCUUCGUGCUGCGCAUGGCACCGACCGACUCGCAUGCUGCGCAGCCGUCGAGGCGAGCAUAUAUGACGCCCGACAUGCGCCGUCCCCCAUUCGCCCAUUCCCGUCCCUCGCAGGGUCUCCGCGCUUCGUCGUCGCCGCACCCGCCUUUCCGAGCCCUCUCGACGUCGCCGACGGCUGCCUCUCCGCAUUUAAGCAUGGAAAUGAUGACGGCUCGAGUGGAGGAUGCCUACCGAUCCGCCCGCCUCACGUAUGUGAGGAUCAACCAAGGCGAUGGCCGGUUCCGCGCCUACCUGGUCGAGCAGCUGAGCCACCCGGACAUGCAGGCUCUCCUGGCCAGCAGGGUCGUCCUGCGCCCCCCGGGGGACGACGAUGUGAGCUACCUCAUGAACUGCUUCGCCAAGUCCUACCUCGCCGUCGCCAUCUGCCUCCCCCCCAGGCCGAGGCAGGCGGUCGCUGCCGACGCCGACGCCGACGCCGAGCCCGACGCCGAAGCCACCAUCAUCGGACAGCUGAUCGUCGGCGAGCAGGGCAUCCUCGCACCCGUGUCCCACAACCGCACCGUGUCGAUGAGCAUCUCCAUCGCGAAGCCCCACCAGAAUCGGGGAUUCGGCCGCGAAGCCGUCGACUGGGCCCUCGAGUGGGCCUUUCGCCACGCCGGCCUUCACACUGUCUGCGUCCGCGCCGCGUCGUACAAUGCACGUGCCCUCCACCUCUACGAGAAGAUGGGUUUCUCCCUCGACGGAAGGCGCCGGCAGUGCAUUUGGUUCGACCGGGGGUGGCAUGACGACGUGCUGUUUACCAUGACGGAGGACGAGUGGGAGGCACGCGGCCACGUCGGGACUCGCCACGAGGAUGGAGCCCUUUCGACUUCGGGUGGAGGAAGAGUUUCGUGCUGA